AUCUAGAGUGGUUGUAAAUUGGGGUUAAACAGCUUGUGGGUGUAAGGGUUUCGUCGAGAGUUGGCCUCCUGCACAGAGCUAAGAAAAGGAAAAAUCCCGCAAAGUUCUGUCAAAGAUUAUAAUGCAACGACUACAAAAGGAGCGAGAUAACUUCCAAGAGGAAAUGGAAAAACUGCAUGAGCGACUGGAAUUCCAACAAAGUCAGACUGUAAAAUUGCAGCGUGAUAAGGAAAAUGCUUUGUCGGAACUCGAGUUAGUGAAAGACAGAUGGGAAAAGACUCAUACAUCUCAUCAAAAAAUAUGCCUUGAAAAAGACGACGCUUUAACGGAAAUUGAAAUUCUGAAAGACAAGAUGGAGAAAGUUCAGUACACUUUAAAUAAAGCACACGAGGAACGAGAAACUAGCAAUAAAGAGUGUGAAAAAUUAAUGGAGAAAUAUGACAGAUCGCAGAGUGAAGUGUAUCGACUGCAAAAUCGAAUUGACGUUCUGGAAGCGGACAAGGAUCGUUUGGAAUUGGAAGCAGAGAAGCAACAGAUGUUGGGUUCAAAGAGCAGAGAAGAAGCACGCAAAGCACAAGAAGAACUGGCACGCAUUCAGGAAAUGUACGACAGAGCAGCACUUCAGCUUGGGCGUACCAAGGAGCACGAGGAGAAGUCCAAGGAGGAUCUCGAUCGAUUGACAGUUGAUUUAGAAAUGGUUCGCGAGAGGUACGAGAAGUCACAAAUCGAAAUGCGUCGUUUACAGAACGAGCGUGAAAAACUUGUCGCCGACAACGAGAGGAUAAGCUUCGAGCUGGAGCGAGCACAGUCGCAAUUGCACAAGGCUCAAGCGGCCACCGAGAAGACGCAAGAGGAACUCGCUCGAAUGCAACUCGAAUUGGAGAAAAUGUACGAGAAACACGAUCGACAGCAGGCGGAAGUUCGUAAGGCGCAAGCUGAGGCCGAGAGAUUGCGAGCCGAUGCAGAGAGUUCACGCGACGAGAGCGAGAGGUACGCGGCACGUUUCGGGAAAUACCAGGAGAACACCGAACGUCAAAAGGACGAAUACGAGAGAGCGAAGCUGGAUAACGAAAGGCUGAGGGAUCGCCUUGAGAAGACAGUGGCGGAACUUGACAGAGCGCGGAAAUCCGAGCAGGAAGCCUCAAGAUUGCGAGCCGAUUUGGAACGGGAGCAAGGCGUUCGAGGUAAAUACCAAUACGAGCAUGAGAAGUGGCAGAGCGAGGGUGGUAAACUCCAGCAGGAUCUGGAAAGAACCAAGGAGCGCCUGGAAGCGCGUGAAAAUGAGCUCAAACGAUCUCAGUCGACAAUCGCCGAUCUCGAGACAAAACUUCACGAGUCCCAAUUGCAACUCGAUAGAUUACGCGACGAAGCCAAUAAAGUCCGUCAGUCAGAGGAAAAAAAUCGGGCCGAUAUCGAACGCACCAGAAUCGAAGCCGAGAAGGUCAAAGAUCGCUACGACAAAAUGAAAGUAAAAGCGGACGCUCUCGAGGCCGACAACGAGAAACUUCGAGUCGAGAUUGUCCGUCUAGAGAGACUGAUGCAAACGGAAGGUAAAACAAGAUCAGAGAGCGCAAGUAUCGAAGUCGAAAGACUCAGGGCGAGUCUGGAUAAGGCAAUCACAGCCCGGGACCAGGUCGAACUGGAAGCCGGUCGCCUAGCCAAGGAACUGGAGAAGUCGCAGAUGCACAUCACGAAAUUCCAAGAGGCGGCCGAGGUUGCCAAGAAGGAACUCGAGAGAUUGAACGGUGAAGUAAAUCUCUCCCGGGAGGAGCGAGACGCCCUACGACAGGAGUUGAGGAGAAGUCAGCAGCAUCACCAGAUGGCCGGCAAUGAGGAGAUCGCUCGUCUUCAGCAUGAUCUACAACUAGCGCAGAGAGAUCGCGACAAACUAGCCGCGAUUCAUGAGAAUCGUGAGAAACACGCCGAGAAGGUGGAGAAAGCCAAAGAGAAACUGGAGGCAGAGGCGAAGCAGUUGCAAGUCGAGAGGGACCAACUUGUCAUCCAGCUGGAGAAGUCCCAGGACAUGUUGAUGAAUUUCCGACAAGAGUUAAACAACAGCGAGGCCGAGGGCGAGAAGCAACGGGAAGAGGUCAUUAGACUCCAGCAACAGGUUCAGCAGUUGCAACAACAGAGAGCGCAAACCCAAACACCGGAUCGAGCCGCACAGGAAGCGAUGGAGGCACAACUUCGAGAGGUUCAUCGCCUCAACCAACAGGUCCAAACCCUCACCCAGAAUCAGAACAAAGAGAGGCAACGCGCCGAGAUGGCCGAGAAGACAAUUCAGGAACUGCAGAAGCAACUCGCUGCCGCGGCGUCCGGUGCUCCCGCCUCCAAGGAGCAGAUCGAGCAAUGGAGAAAGAUGUGCGAGACCGAGAAGCAGAGGGCCGACACUGCUGAGAAGAGGGCGCAGACGAUGGAACGGCAGUUGCACGCUCAUCAACAGCAAAUUCAGCAAAUGCAGGCGAAUCUUCAUCAGAAUCAAAGUCAACAAAACGGCUCCGAAGCUGCGCGAUUGCGAAAGGAGUUGGACCGUGCGCGUGAGGAGGUUCAACAGGCGACUGUUGAACGCGAACGAUUCCAGACUCAAAUCGAAAUGCUGUGUCAGGAGUUGCAGAAAAAUCAGGUGGAUCUUCACGAAGCAAACAAGAAACUUCAAGCUUCACCCGCGAAAGCUGGUGGUGAUACUAGUCAACAACACAAACAAUUGGAGGAACAGAAGCGACAAGUGGAAGAACAGAAAAAGCACAUGGAAGAGAAAGCAAGAAUGGUCGAUCAGAAGGCAAGGACGAUAGAAGAAAAAGAAAGAUCUCUUCAAAAUCUCGAUCAGGAACUAAAGAAACGAAAAGCAAAAAUGGACCAGCUCGAACAACAGUUGCAGAAGAGCGGAGGUUCACCGGACAAACGAAUGGUGGAAUUACAAAGAACAUUGGAAAAUGCAGAAAAAGAAUUGGAAAAGGCGAAAGAAGAAGCCGGAAGAAGUUCUGCAGAAACGGAGAGACUAUUGCAAUUAAUGCAAAUGACUCAAGAGGAGCAGAAUGCAAAGGAGAAACAAAUAAGAGAUCUUCAAGAAGCACUGAAAGCCGCACAAGCAAAAUUGAAGGCGACAGCCGCUCAGCAACAAGAGACCUCAUACGCGAGGAAUCUUCUCAACCAAUCGGGAUCCAGUGCUACGAAAUCAGAUGGACGUGACACAUGGAAACGUGACAUUGAAACGAAAAAUCGCAAAAUUCUUCAACUCGAACGAGACAUGACGCUUAUGAAGAAAUUACUUAAACGACACUCAAAUCCAGAAGGAAUUCAAGAAUUCGCCAUUGAACUCGAGAAGAGGAAAUUCAGAAUUGAGGAACUUGAAGAUACAGUUGCAGAAUUUCAAGAUUUUCUCAAGCACAAUCCCGAUGUAAAGGAACUUCAUGAUCUAAGAUGUGAAUUGGUCGACAAGAGUCAAAGAAUUCAGGAACUCGAGGACUGGAUACGAAUGAACGGCGAGAGAGAAAUUAAAAUCGAACGUGAGAGAAUUAUGGAAUUAGAAGAAAUGGUGACACAUCUAGAGGACUAUGUCAAAGAACACAAUGUCGAUGUAAUAAAGCAAAAAUUAAAAGACCGAGAAGAUCGAAUGAAUCAGUUGCAGAAACGUAUCGACUUUCUCGAAAAAGAAUCGAUAAGAAAUGAGAGAAUCAAAAAAGAUAAUUCAGAUUCCGAUACGUUUAACAGAAAUCUCGAUCAAUCCCAAUAUUUCCAAUCCGCUCAAAGUAAUCCGAAGUUAAUCGAACUUGAACUAAUGACAAAGGUACAGAAUCAAAAAUUACUAUCAAACGAACAGAGGAUAGUAGAAAUGGAUAAAAAAUUAAUGGAAAAAGAUCAAAAGUUAAAGGAGAAGGAACAAAAAAUGAAGGAAAUGGAGCACGCACUUUCGGAGAAGGACAAUAAAAUUCAAGAAUACGAGCAGCAAUUGAUUGAAUGGCAGGAUAGAUUGAAUAAACUCAAGAAGGAAAUGAGUAAGCUGGAGAAAGAAUUGGAAGAAUAUGAGGCUGAAGAUAUUGGUGUGUUAAAGGAGGAGAUUAGAGUAAGGGACGAGAAAGUGGCACAAUUGGAGGAAGAAGUUUAUUCACUGGAAAGGGCCUUUAAUGAGAGAAUUGACCUUGAGCAAAUUGAGGAACUCGUGGGACUUGUCAAAGAAAAGGAGGAAAAAGAAAAACAAUUGGAAAGUAAUAUUCGCGAGAAGAAUAUUAGAAUUGAGGAACUUAGUGAAGCACUUAAGGAAAGUGUCAUUAUGACUGACGAAGGUGAGAAGAAAUUGAAGAACGAGAUCCAGGCCAAGAAAACUGCUAUUGAAAAGAUGGGGAAAUUGGAACAAAAGAUUGCUUCGAUUCAAACAUUUUCUGCCCUAAAGUGUCCUACCUGCAGACCAUUGUUGAAUAAACUUCAGAAAUCGGAAAAAAAACUGGAGCGUCUUACUGAAGAAAGAACAACUCAGAUGGAAGAUUUACAUCAAAUGAAACGUGAGGCGUUAAAAGCAGCAGUUUCAGAGAAAGAUGCACAUUUGGCUCUGUUGGAACUUUCGGGUUUGAAAACAACAAUUCAGAUUGAACAAGCGGAGAAUCUUAAGGCAGAGCGAAAAAUGUUACUGGAGAAGUUAAAAGAAGAGGACGAGAGAAGUAUCGAGUUAACAGCAGAAUCGAGUAGAUCAAAAACUGAAGCAAAAAAAGAGCCUGUCAACAACCAUGAUCUUGACAACAGACAUCGUUCCGAAAGUGAAGAAAUGUUCUUUAACAAAGAACAGUUCCUGACAAAAGGGAAAAUUGGAUUGAAAUCAGUGAAAAAAGCAGUUCAAAAAACGACAACCACGUAUUUGGAGAGGGCAAAGGAAGGCAGAUAAGUAGACGACAUUAAGAGUUGGUUCCUUCAAUAUUGUCAUGUGUGCAUUCGCAAUUUUAGAAAAAUCUAGAUCAUUUCUAUAAUCUUGAAGCUCGUUAAAUUUUGUUAAUGGUGUCUCUAUUAUAAAGAGACAGCACAUUAAUUCUUUUUACGCCUUAUUCUUGAUCAUCUUUUUCAACAUUAUCAUCAUUAUUAACACAUGAUCAAUAUGAUCAAUACCGUCAUCAGCAUUAUUAUCAUCUUCACCAUGAAAUCGCCAUUUCAUCAUUUCAUCAUGAAUUCGACUUCCUGAAGCCGAAAAGAAGUUUAAAUCCAAGGCGUUAACCGAUUCGACCUCUUGAAGAAAAACCGAAGACUAAUUCAGCCUGAGAAAUAUAGACAAAAAUGAAAUCUUAGAAUUCCAUAAUAAUAUGGUCUUCUAAUUAUUAUUUCUCGAGACCGAAUUCAAUAAGUCUCAAUUUUUUUCAAGUCCAGUGCUUAUUCUUCCAGUGUUCGAUGAAUUUUAGCUCAUUGAGAGCGUGAAAGUCUUUUUUAAAAACAUUAUAGAUACAGUGACAAAAAUCUCAUAUCGCGAAGAGUGCAGAGAGUCCAAUUUCUUACGGGAAUUGUUUUUUUCUUCUUCUCAUUAGUUAAAUUAAAUCGGAAAAAAAAUUUCUUAAUCGUGUUCAAUAUUGAUCAUUAGAAAAAAUCUUUUCAAAGAAAGAAAAGCAGGGAUAAACACUUUACGAUAUACACAUUGUAGCCUAAAAACUGAUUAUUCAAUUUACUCCUAAUAUAUUCUGCCUAUAUUUCUGAACACCUGACACUGGGCCAAAAAAAUACGCGAGAGUAUUAUUUUGACCUUCGAUGAUUAUAUUAGACGUCAAUUUGAUUAGAAUAUCUAGCUCUAUAAAAUGAGGAGGAAUAUAAUGAUCUUUCCAUCAGUUUUUAAAAUUUUCCACAAAGGCAAUUUAAUAUUCACCGUGAAAGUAUUUUCAAGCAGAAAUUAUUUUCCAAAAAAAGGGAAAAAGAAAAUCUGAUGAAAAUCUGAGACGUUAAAAGAAUACCUAUUAAAACAUUGAGAAUCACCUGCAAUCAGCAUGAUACAAAUCAAUAUCCUCAAAGAGAAGCUAAAUCGCAAAAUCGAUUUUUUUAUAUUUUUCAUUGUCUUGAGGGACUUUCUCAGGAGAAAACAGAAAGAAAGCAAUUUUAUAGUUUAACAUCAACAACAAAUGUAAAAAAAAUCGUUUAAAAGUAUUUCACUUCUUCUUUUUUGCUUUUCUUUAUUUCUCGUCACGGGUCCAAAGGUCGUCAUUGUAUAGCGUACGAUUAAGUACUACAGUUAAAGAUAAUGAAAAGAUAAUCUAACGUAAGCAAUACAAUUUGUAAAAUAUGGUGUGGGAAAAAAGUUAGGGAGUUAUAGAAAAGGGGUUGUUAAGAAAAAAAAUAAAUGAGAGUGAGGAAAAAAUUGUCAAUGGACGAAGAGACGCAACGAGAGAAGAAAAAUAGAUAAAAAAGCAGUCGGGCUAAGGUGCUGAAUCGUUUUUAUGAUGACAAUAAUAACCAUUCGUACGCAUCUCGCGUCACUAUCAACUCGGAUAAUUUCUUCUUUUCAAUUAUAAAUUAGAUCCCAAAAUAUUUUGUAUUUGAAUGUCAAAUUACUCGUAGCUAUUACUCUUCAUUAAUUUAAAUAUUAAAUAACUUUUAGUUAUUACAAUUCAUUUAUUUGAAUAUUAAAUAAUUUUUAUCUA